AUGGCUACUUUCAUACUUCUCAAGGACUCUCCUCCAUCAGGUUCUCCUUUACUAUACUUAUCAAUAUUCUUAUGCGCCAUUAAUCGGCUAUUUUUGAAUGCUGAAAAAUCAAUAAUUUCGAGAGACUGGGUUGUAGCCCUGAACCAUGAAAGUGCGCUGGCUAGACAGAAUGCCACGUUGACCGGGUUCGACCAACUAUUGAAUGUACUAUCUCCGGUGGUUGUAGGGACACUCAUCACCUCCUAUGGAAUCCAUCAAACUCUAAUUAUCUUUGCAAUUGGUUCCAUGGUUUCUUUGAUCUUAAAAUCCACUUUUCUCUAUUUUACUUAUACGUCCAACCCAUGCCUUCAAAUCAUCAGGAACCACAAACAUUACAAAAUAGUAUCGGGGUCGGACUGUGAUCUACAACUUCUGGAGGAAUCUGGACAGAACCUCCAACCACCAGGCGUUUUCUCCACUUACUACCGACAAACCACAUUCUGCGCUUCCCUCGGCAUGGCACUAUUCUACAAGACUGUCAUGGGAUUUGAUAACUUGGCGGUUGGCUAUGCCACAACCUCAUCUAAAAUUUCUAUCUUCACUAUCGGAGCCUUGAAGUCAUAUGGAGCGGUGGCUGGGAUGGCUGGAGUGAUUUCUUAUACAUUCCUUGAAACACGAUUCGGUUUGAUACGUGCUGGAUAUGUCGGGUUGGUAGUCCAGCAAGUUUUUUCUUUGUUAGCAGUCACUACGAUAUGGAUGCCGGGGUCUCCUUUUUUGGGACGUGAUGUCAUCAGUGAAGGCCCGAGCAUUUCAAUUUUCCUAGUAGCAAUUGCAUCUUCUAGAUUUGGACUCUGGUGCCUUGACAUGGCUGUCACCCACUCCAUGCAGCUUCACGUCCCUGAAUCCGAGAUAAAUACGGUCUUUGGAUUUCAUAUGGCGUUGUGUCAAACGUUUUCAGUACCCAAGGAAAUCAUCGCCUACGACAAAUUCCAGAUUCUUGAAAUCAGAGCCAUCGGAUUUUUUGUAAAGCUUAGCCUGCUCGAUUGCCUUCUCAGUGAUAUCCAGCCCAACAAAUGUGGAAUUCGGAAAGUGCUCGGCGAGCAGUCUGACAUGAAGACCUCCUCCACAUCCGACAUCCAGAACUCGUACCCCUGUCACCAGACCGUCUGGGAUUCCAUGACCAAUAGCAGGAACGAGGCUAGGGAUGACAUGCUUCUCACUGGUAGCUUUGGCAAACUUCUGCUGCAUUUCUUCAAAGUCGGAGUAGACGGAGUAAUCGAGGCCAUAGGGACCGUCCUUUUUGAAGCAUUCGAUAAGAGUGUCGAUUGGUUUAAGGACGGUGGAUAG